CCGAGCGCCGCGGCCCGGGCACGGGCACUGCGCUCCGCUCCGCGCUGCUCCGCGCUGCUCCGCGCCUCUCGGCCCGCAGCGGGGGCAGGGCCGGGCCGAGGCGGGAGCGGGGGGGGCGGGCCCCGCCGCUCCGCACCGCACCGCGCCGCGCCGCGCCGGCAGCGGGGAUGUGAGCGGAGGCUCCGCGGCAGCGCCUGCCGCCCGGCUCGGGAAGAUGCUGAGCAGGUGGAUGAGUGGCAGCAGCAGGAACCUGGACCGCGAGUACAACUGCACCGUGCGGCUGCUGGACGACAGCGAGUACACCUGCACCAUCCAGAGAGAUGCCAAGGGCCAGUACCUGUUCGACCUUCUCUGCCACCACCUGAACCUGCUGGAGAAGGACUACUUUGGCAUCCGGUUUGUGGACCCUGACAAGCAAAGGCACUGGCUGGAAUUUACCAAGUCAGUUGUGAAGCAGAUGCGGGCCCAGCCUCCCUUCACCAUGUGCUUCCGCGUCAAGUUCUACCCCACGGAUCCCGCGGCUCUGAAGGAGGAGAUCACCAGGUACUUAGUCUUCCUGCAGAUCAAAAGGGAUCUCUACCACGGCCGUCUCCUCUGCAAGACUUCGGAUGCUGCUUUGUUGGCCGCCUAUAUCCUUCAAGCUGAGAUCGGGGACUAUGACCCGGGGAAGCACCCAGAAGGCUACAGCUCCAAGUUCCAGUUCUUCCCCAAACACUCGGAGAAGCUGGAGAGGAAAAUUGCAGAGAUCCACAAGUCGGAGCUGAGUGGGCAGACACCAGCUACUUCAGAGCUGAAUUUUCUCAGGAAAGCCCAGACUCUGGAGACCUACGGGGUUGACCCCCACCCUUGCAAGGACGUGUCGGGGAACGCGGCGUUCCUGGCCUUCACUCCCUUUGGGUUCGUUGUUCUGCAGGGAAACAAGAGAGUUCACUUCAUCAAAUGGAAUGAGGUGACCAAAAUGAAAUUCGAAGGGAAGACUUUCUAUUUAUACGUAAGUCAGAAAGAGGAAAAGAAAAUUGUUCUCACGUAUUUUGCCCCAACACCAGAAGCCUGCAAACACCUCUGGAAGUGUGGGAUAGAAAACCAGGCUUUCUACAAGUUGGAGAAGUCAAGCCAAGUCCGGACAGUGUCCAGCAGCAACUUGUUCUUCAAGGGCAGCCGGUUCCGAUACAGUGGCCGCGUUGCGAAGGAGGUGAUGGAGUCCAGCGCCAAGAUCAAGAGGGAGCCACCUGAGAUUCACCGGGCAGGGCUGGUGCCGAGCCGGAGCUGCCCCUCCAUCACCCAUGGCCCACGGCUGAGCAGCGUGCCCCGCACCCGCCGGAGAGCCGUGCACAUCUCCAUCAUGGAAGGCCUGGAGUCCCUGCGGGACAGCGCCCACUCCACACCAGUGCGCUCAGCCUCCCAUGGCGACGCCUUCGCAGCCCCGGGUCGCGGCGGCCGCGCCGACAGCAGCGAGCGUGUGGCCGUCAUCGCGGACGAGAACUACAGCCCCGCGGACAGCGUGCUGCCCACGCCGGUGGCCGAGCACAGCCUGGAGCUCAUGCUGCUCUCGCGCCAGGCCAACGGCGCCCCGUGCUCCAUCGAGGAGGAGAAGGAGUCGGAGGCCGGCACGCCGGCGGCCGAGGCGGAGGAGGCGGGUGAGCUGCGGGCGCUAUGCCCCGGCGCCGGCGGCCUGGGGGCGGCGCAGGCCGAGCAGGUGAAUAAGUUUGUUUUAAGUGUCCUCCGUUUGCUCCUUGUGACAGUUGGACUCCUCUUUGUCUUGCUCCUCCUCCUCAUCGUCCUUACCGAGUCCGACCUUGACACUGCCUUUUUCCGCGAUAUCCGCCAGACCCCCGAGUUCGAGCAGUUCCAUUACCAAUACUUUUGUCCCCUCAGGCGAUGGUUUGCCUGCAAAGUCCGCGCCGUGGUAAGCCUGCUCAUUGACACCUGAAGGCAGGAGCCGCCACCUAACUAGCCGGGGGCCUGGGGAGAGACCUGCCGCCGUGCCCGGCACCCGCCGCGGCGCCUUCGGCACACUCACACUAACCCUCCCUUCCCGACCCAGAGCGUGGCGCGGCCGGAGGCGGCUUCCCGGGAGGAAGAGGAGGGUGGGCGCAGCCCCCGGAGCCUCCUCCCCCCCAUGCUCGGCCCCUGGAGCCCGCACAGCACCUCACCGUUCCGACCCUCACACGGGAGCACCGAGCAGAGGGAUGUGGUGUGGUCCUGUUGCUGCCCAGCACUGCAGGAGCAUCGGCGAUGCUGUUCCGCAGGGGCUUUAGCAAUGGUGCUACCGAGCAGUGGUUUAAACACUCGUGUACUCCUACGUUUCUCAAUCCACCACUGUGCACCCCACCGCCACCGUCCCCGUGCCGCUUUGCCGCAGUCCCUCCCUGCUGCCCGGAGCCUCCUGCAGCACAGCAGCCUCAGCAAUCCCACCUCCUCCUCAGCCUCGCAGCGCCGGUGCUCCCAGGGGCAGGGCGAGCACAACAGGCACCCUUGGCCAAGCCUGGUAGUGGCCGUGUCGGAUUUAUUAGGAAGACCUUUUCCCUCCGAAAGCUGUACCUGUUUUGUACAAAAACACACAAAAAAAACCACCAAAAAAAAAAAAAAAAAAAA